AGGUUUUUUAUCCUACAGUGUCAGUAUGUUAGAGUAUUAAUUUGAAUAAAUGCGUGUGUGGCUCUGCAUCUGGAAACUCCUAAUGCUUUUUAAUCCUUUUCUGUUAUCCUGCAAAGCUCGUUCUGCCAGCACUCUAUCAACUGUGUUUCACUAGUGUUGAAACAGAACAUGAGCAUCUGACAAUAUCCUCCUCAUAUAAAGGGUUGGCUGCACGCUCAAGGAAGAAUGGCCUUGUUUCACUAAGAUUGUCCCACCUGGCCUGUGGAUCUCUGCAGCUCCUCCAGAGUUACCAGGAGCUCCUCUGCUGUUCUCAUUUGGGUACAUAGACCAGUCUUUUCAGGGGGAAGCAAUACAGGAAUAAACUUUCUAUCGUUUACUGAACAUGACCUGGGACCCAGACAAGAUUCCAGUGCUGACACACAUAAACCAAUUACACUGUCUUAUCUGACUCUUCCUUCAUCUUAACCCCCUAUCCAUGUCAAACUCUUCAGAAACAAUGACCUGAGCAACAGAGAUCUGAUUUGUUCUGACAUGAAGACAGAGCUUGACCAGCUUCCUAACCCAGCCCUGAUGGAUGCAUUUACCUUCCGUAAGCGACUAUUAAUGCGCUCCUGCAGUCUUGGAGAAACAACAACUCAGACCUCUGCUUUCCAUACAUCAACGGAGUCUAUAGAGCAGUCCAAAGAAAGAAAAGGAUUGCCUCGAGAAAGGCGCAUAACCAUUGCUUCGUAUGAGACUCAUUCUGUGGAUCAGAAUGGAAACAUCGCUGAGAAGGAUUUACACAAGCAAGAGGCCAAAUCCCUCAGUGAGCUGAGCACAGAAGAAGUCUGCCAGUGGUUUACCAGUGUUGGGCUGCAAAAAUGUCUCCCUUUAAUCAGAGAGGCUAAACUGUGCGGAUCUGACAUAGCCUCUGUGGAUGCCAACACUCUGGACAUCCUCCAUAUCAGCUCACUGGAGGACAGGGAGCGAUUGCUGUCGGCUAUUUAUAAUGAGCUCCACCCUCCCAGCACCAUCACCCAGACACUUGAAUCUUUGCUUGAGUCUUUAGGGCCAAAUAAUGUAGAGUCCUUCACCGCAUCCAUGGCAUCCAUGAGAAGGUCCACGUCCUCUACCCAUGUAAGCUGCUUGAAUAUGAAUCGCCGCUCUCUUAAGUUCAGGAACAGUAGCCAAAACCUCAUGGCAGCAAGGAGUUCUCAGAUGAUAGAGAUCACAAUUAACGCAUCAGAACGGAUACUUCAUCUCAGAACUCCAAAGGAAACAACAGUGGGAAAAAUCCUGGACUCAUGUAUGAAAAUGCUUGGACUGACUGAUGAUAAGACCCUGUUCACACUAAAAGAGAUGCAAGAUUCCCUGGUGGAGCUCUCCCAAGAUCAGCAGAUAGGAGCCUUACUGACACCAUCAGAGAACAAACAGCUGGAUCUGCAUCUGUGUAAAACGGACAAACAAAUGAUUUCUGCAUCGCAACCUAGUCCAGAUAUGAACAGUGAAAAAGGCAACAUCAACAAAAAUUCCCAUAGGCCCCAGCCAGGUAAAGAAGAGAGGAUCAGAGAGCUAAACCAACAGGUGGACUCGCUGCAGAAUGUCAUCCUUCAGGUCCAAGAGCUUCACCACGACCUGGUAGCAUUUUGCUCAGAGAUAAAGAACAUGGAGCCAGAUGUGAAUGUGGACAGGCUGGGUUCUGCUGAGCUGAAACAGAGGCUGGAGACUGUAAACAGCCAACUGGAGGAGAAGAGGCAGAGGCUGCAGAUCCUCAGAGACAACCUUAACAACUCAGCCGCUCAUAAAAACAAACAGCUGGAGGUCCGUCUGCUGGAAAAGAUGAAGCUGAACUGCCAAGUGUUUAAGGAGGAAAUUACCAUUGUGCAUCUUAAUCGACAUGCUGCUCAUCUUCUAAAUGCCUGGCAAGGAAGCUGCUUUAAGGAGAAAGCUCAUAGACAGACUUCAGCCUUUGGCAGCUUGAGCCAACUUGUGACACCUCAUUCUCCAGCCAUGUUGAUAGUCGUGCAGGAGAAGCAGCUUCCUGAUGGGCGUUAUGGCUUUACAUGUUGCUACAGAGAUGGCAGUGGGCUUGUAGUGGUCAAGGUGGACAACUCUCACCUCUGUGUGGAGGACAGACUGGUGGAGGUGAAUGGGGUGCCGGUGAUCAGCAGCACCCUCGAGGAACUGAAUGAUCUGCUGCUUGUCGGACCGUGCAUUCAGAUUGUUGUUCUUCGCCAGCUUCCACUUACUCUGAUCUCGACUUGUUUCAAGCAGCCUGCGGUUCGUCCAGAUCCUGUCCAAAUACUUUGCCCUCAAAGGAAUGGAGUAACUACAGAAACCCCUCCACAGAGAAAGGUGAUGGCCAUCUAACAAAAGAUUAAAAAAGGGAAGAUGGACGCAACAGGUGGGACUUACAGGGCAAUGCAAAAGUAGUCAUAGCCCUUGAACCUUUCUACUUUUGUCACAUUAAAACCAUCUAAUAGUGCAUAAUUAUGAAGUGGAAGAAAAAUAAUAAAUGGUUUUCUAAAUAUUUUACGGUCAAAGAUCUGAAAAGUGUGGCAUGUAUUUGUAUUCUCCCCUCUUUACUCUGAUAUGCUAAAACAAAAUCCAGUGCAACCAAUUGCCUUUAGUCGCCUAAUUUGUUAACCUGCAUAUAAGUUAACCUCAACAUAAAUGCAGCUGUUCUGUUAAGGGCUCAGAGUAGCUGUAUUAGUGAACAAAUAGCAUCAUAAAGACCAAGUUGGUGGUAAAGUUGUAAAGAAAUUUAAAUCAGGAUUAGGUAAUGAAAAUAUUCCAAGUUUGAACAUCUCACUGAGCCCUGUUCAGUCCAUAAUCUGAAAAUGUAUAGAGUAUAGAGUAUAAAUGUAUAGAGUAUUAGGUGGACAACCAUAUGUGAAGUGCACAUAUGGUUGUCCACCUAAACUAACAGGUCUGGCAAUAAAAAUAUUAAUCAGAGAAGCAACCAGGAGGCAAAUAAUAACUCUAGCGAGGCAGCAGAGACCAGAGCUCAGGUGCAAUAAACAGUAGACUGGACAAAUAUUUGUCAUGCUUGUCACACAUUUGGGCUUUCCUGUAAGAGUGGCUGGAGAAAGAAAGCCAUUGUUGGGUGAAAUCCAUAAGAAACGUGUUUGCAGUUUACCACUUGCCAAGUGGGAGACAGGCAACGUGGAAAACGUUGCUCUGGUCAGAUGAGACAGAAACUAACUCUUUUGGUCACUCUGCUUAACACUGUGUGUGAUGUAAAGCUAACACUUCAUAUCACCUUGAACCCACCAUUCCCAUAGUGAAACACAGAGGUGGGAGAUUUAUGCUCUGGGUAUGCCCAUUUUAGCAGUACUGUUGGGAAAAUGGAUGGAGUUAAAUACAAGGGAAUCCGAGAGGAGACUAAACAUAGACAGAGCUACAAUUGAAUGGGAACACAUAUCCAUGUGUUAGAAUGGUCCAGUCAAAGCCCAGACCUAAAUCCAACUGUAAACCUGUGGCAAGAUUGCGAAUUCAUGUUCACAGACACUUCCCAUCUAAUCCGACUGAGCUUGUGCUAUUUCGCAAAGAAGAAAUCUCAGUCUGUAUGUGCAAAACUGGUGGAGACUCACCCCAAAAGACUUGCAGCAAAGUAUUAACUAACACAAUGUAUUGACUCAGGGGCAGUAAAUUAACUUCUUAGAUUUUUAUUCCUGAAAAGAACGUGUAUUUAAAAACAUCCAUCAUUUUACUUCCACCUCACAGUUAUGCACUACUUGGUGUUCGUUGAUCACCUAAAAGCCAAGUGAUCGUUUCUGUAUUUAAUUUUCUCCAUUUGUGAAACAAUUGCUUUUGGAUUAAGAAAAGCAUAAUAGUAACUUGUAUAAUGUUUGUUUCUUAGCAAUCUUGUGUUUUUCAAUGUAUGUAGAAAGGAAUGUCUAUCAAUAAGUAAUAAUAAAAAGGUGACAUUUGCUUGGAA